GCUAAAGUAAAGAAAGGUACGUACCCAACCGUUGAGCGCGCUAGGGUCAGGUCGACAAAGACGCCGCCGCCCCAAUUGAUUGACUGGGCCGGCCGGUGUUCUGAAAAGCCGCUUGAACAAAGACAACGACGUGAAAAAGGUAAAACCACACACAUCGACCACCGUUGCCAGCAGAAAGCAACACACUCAAUCGCAAUGGCGUCCACCACAACAACGACUACCACUACCACGCCAGCUAGCGUAUCGGAGGUGCUCGUCGAUUACAGCCUGCACCACUCCGACAGCACACCCGCCGCCGCCGCCAAGGAGGAAGGACAGCAGACCGCGACAACGAGCAGCAGUAACGCCAGCAACCCACCAGACUAUGGCGCGCAGUAUCGCCGUGUGCCUGCACACCGGCCGAUAAACAGGCACCUGGAUCAGAGCCAGCGCGCCGUCUAUCAGAAUGGUGGCGAGCGAGUCUUCAUCACCGUCAUGUUCGGUGGACUUUAUAUCAACUCUACGGCGGCCAAGUUGUGGAACGCGACAGUGGGGAGGGUCAACCAAGGUCUCUUCAGGUAUCCCUUGGGCGGCGAAAUAUGAUCAAGAGCAAGAUAUAUCAAUUUCGAGACAGUACACAUUACAUCGUCUUGGUUUCAUUGUAGCAAUGACUGCUAGGCCUUGCAAAUGGAAGUUGACAAAAACGCAUGAUUAUUCCCAAGCCUUGAAUCAAUGUGCCACCAUGUGUCAACAAGCCACACCAUAGGGGUACCUAAAAGGCUGAAAGCCGUGAUAGUAAUAAAAUCAUCCUUCAUCCCAGCAUGCUAGAUCUACUCUACUCAGACUUCUUCACUCCCUUCAUGUUUCCCAAGUCCUCCUCCAGCAUCUUGCCAGCGACUUCAAACGGCUGGACCGGCUGUAAGAUGAACAACAUCCUUGCCCACUCAGUGUUGCUCUUGUUCCGCCAGGAGUGCAUAGUCGCUCGCUGGACGCAGACGUCUCCCCUCUUCAUCGGCCUCUCCUCUCCCGAGUCGAGGAUAAGGUCGACCUCCCCCUCGAUGACGAUGCCGUAGUCGAGACUCAACGUUCGGUGCAUGGGGCUCACGUGUCCCGGCUCCAUGUCGACGUAGCGCAGCACCGUGCCGCUGUUGACCACCAGCCCAGGGGGAGAUGAGAGGAACUCGCUGUAGGCUGCUAUGUCGGCGCCCCCGGCCAGCUUGGCGGGGAAGGCAGUGGUGAUGAAGCACUGCGAGAACUCGACCCCGGUGUUGACCUUGCCGUCGCCCACCCGGGUGAAGGGUGCCAGGACCGGCAAGGUGUUGUCGAUUAUGGCUUUGCCUGUCUUUUCAUCGUGGGUUGUGAUGUAGCGAUCAGGGUUGCGGAGAGUUCCUUGAAGAGCCAUUCUGGCGAUGAUGUAAAUGGGAAGGGAAAAGGAUAGGUUAUGUCCUGCUUAGGUGGUAAUUUGAAGUUCUUUUAGUGGUGCUUGAGAUGGCUAGAGAAUUCCAAGUGAGUUGAAUAUUUUCUUUUCUUUUCUUUUUGUUGUUCUAUGUUUCUUGGCUAUAGA